CUGAGUCACACUGCGCCUGCGCGGUGUUCACGUGGUUCCGGAUCUGGGUUUAGUUUAUAGAUCUGUUAGCAGAGAAACUGAGGCUCGGAGAGGGAGCAACCGCCCCGAAAGCCACAGGAAACCUGUUUCCCUUCGUUGGACCCACUGUGAAAGGCCUGGCCCCAGGUGAGGACGUGCACCCUCAGAUGUGAACGAGGUCGCGCCCCUGUAGCUGCUUUGGUGCCUGGAUUCGAACCGGGGCUGAGCCGAGAUCUGAGUCCUCUGAGGCCUCGUGGAGCCAAGAUGACCCACUCUUUGGUUUGCCCAGAGACUGUUAGCAAGGUAAGUUCUGUGUUGAAUCGUAACUACCGGCAGUUUGGAAAGAAACACCUGUUUGACCAGGAUGAGGAGACGUGCUGGAACUCAGACCAGGGCCCCUCCCAGUGGAUAAUACUGGAGUUUCCCCAGCGCAUCUGUGUCUCCCAACUGCAGAUCCAGUUCCAGGGGGGCUUCUCCAGUCGCCAGGGUCGCCUGGAAGGUUCCCAGGGGAGUGAGGCUCUUGCUAAGAUUGUGGACUUUUACCCUGAGGACAACAACUCGCUUCAGACAUUCCCUGUGCCAGCUGCUGAGGUAGACCGGCUGAAGGUGACAUUUGAGGACACCACUGAUUUCUUUGGCCGAGUGGUCAUCUACCACCUGCGGGUACUAGGGGAGAAGAAAGUAUGA